AUAAAGUUAAGUUAUAAAUAUUGUCUUCAAUUGUCUUUAUGCUGUAUUUUGCGCGGGCUAUCAGUUAGGUUAGGUUAGAGGCAAAAGAUUAGAGUGCAUAAGAAAUUCAUAUGAAAACAUGAUGGAAUACGGAAAAACAAGUGUUGAGGAUAAAAUAGAAGCAUAUAAAUCGAUAAAUAUCGACUAUGAUCUAAUUGAAAUCGAAACUGAAACACAAUCUUCAAAAAUAUUUUCGGAUACAGCUGCAUCUAGUAACAUUAUGGAUUCCUCAAAUUAUGAACAAGUGGAUAUAGACUCUGCAUCAGAUUGUUUAGAAAAUAUAGAGAAAACCUACCAAGUUGCACAAACUGCUGAUUGUCAAAAAAUAUCUGAUGUAAUUCAAUCAAAAAUAUCUGAGACUGAAAAAGGAAUAAUACGAUCAAAACGACCUAGUCUUGUUUGGAAAUUUUUUGAAAGUGUAACUAGGUUAACAGCUCGUUGUACUUUAUGUAAUAAAGUUUGCAAACAUUGUGGAAAUACAUCAAAUAUGAAACAGCAUCUAAAGCGAAAACAUGUGGUAUUAUGGUCUGCAAGUAUAACUAAAAAAAAACGUGAUGUUGAUCAGACAGAUUCUAUAAAGACAAAACAGAAAAAAAUUGAAAAAGUAUUCGAGCAAACAAAUUUGUUUAUGAAUGAUGGGCAUAAGACUGAUAAAAUAACAAAUGCUAUUUUAUACAUGAUUGUGACCGAUAAAAUGGCUUUGACAACAGUUGAAAAUGAAGGUUUUCAAUGGUUGAUGAAAACCAUUGUGCCUCUUUAUAAGGUGCCCAGCAGAAGAACAAUAACUAGAUUGAUAAAAAUGCGAUACGAAACAUUAAAAGAAAAUUUUAUAAUUAAAAUCAAAAAAGCUAUUUGUUAUAGUCUCAUUUGUGAUGAUUGGGCAAUUAUUACUAAUCAACGUUAUCUUGGUGUAACUAUUCAUUAUUUAACAGAAGAACUCAAAAUGAAAAGUGGUUGUAUCGGUGUUUUUCCGUUGCAUAAAAAUCACACUGCUGAAUAUCUCGCUUAUUUUUUAAAUACAGUUAUUGAAAAUUUCAAAUUAGAUCAUUCAAAAAUUACAGCAGUCAUUACGAACAAUGUAGCAAAUGUUCAACUUGCGAUAGAGAAAACAAUAGGGACACAUAAACACUUGUUUUGCUUCGCAAAUAUUUUAUCUCUCAUUGUAUCGGAUGCACUAAUCAACAUUCCUCAUGUUCGAGAAAUUAUUUCUAAAGUAAAGAAAAUUAUUACAAUUGUAAGAAGCAGCGUUGUCGCAUCCGACGAACUAAAAAAUUUACAAUUACAUGAUGGAAAAACCGAAGGAACAGUAUUAAAAUUUAUACAAGACGUAACUACUUCUUCGGACUCUAUAUUUUAUAUGUUAAAUAGAUUUCUUGAACUUGAACAAUAUGUUUAUCCAGUAAUAUCUAAAUGUGAUAAUCCUCCAGAUAUGUUAAAGCGUAAUGAAAUUCAAAUAUUGAAAGAUAUGGUAUCACUUAUAAAACCAAUUGCAAAUGUUAUUACUGAAGUUAGUGGAGAAUCAUAUGCAACUUGUAGCGUCAUUAUACCUUUAGUGCACUGUAUGAAGGCCUCAAUAUAUUACAACAAACCUAAUACAAAAAUGGGAAUUGAGUUUAAAGAGAAACUUCAAUCAGCAAUUAAAAAUCGAUGCGAAAAUUUUGAAAAUGAUAAAAUAAAAAGCUGUGCCACAAUACUUGAUCCUCGUUUCAAGAAAUUACAUUUUGAAAACGCUCUAGCUGCAAAAUCUGCAAUAUCUCGAAUUGAAUUAUUAUUGAAAGAAAAUACAACUCCAAACAAUCCACAGAAUAUGAUCGAAAAGUUUAAUACGGACAUGAUUAAUAGAGAGUCUGAUGUAUGGGACUUUCAUGAUCAUCUAGUAAUGAAAAAUACUAAUUUAAAUGAAGGGUUGAGUGAAUUAAGAGAAUAUUUGGAUAAGCCAGCCAUUGAACGUAAAGAAGAUCCGUUUCAAUACUGGAAAUCAAUGAAACAUACUUUUCCGAAAUUAUAUGAACAAGCAGUGAGAUACAUUAGUAUCCUUGGUACUUUAGUACCCUCGGAAAGAAUCUUCUCUCAAGCUGGCGACAUUAAAAAUGAUGAACGAAGCAGAUUAACUGGUGAGCAUCUAAACAUGGUGUUAUAUUAUCUUAGUUCACCUGCUUUUCAAGACUGGGAAUUGGAAUGAAUCACCUUCAAUAUUUUUCUACUCAUGUUUCUAUUUUGGAAAAUAUCUAUGUUUUAAAUGCCUAUAUUUUAUAUAAAAUACUUUCCUCUUUUUAUAUC